AAAAAAAAGAAAGAAAGAAAAGGAGAACAUAAAUAAAAAUAAAUAAAUAAAAAGACGGCGUUGUUUUGUCCACGUUAAAUCGCCAACCGUAACAUGUAGGAUGGCCAACAAUAAGUGGACCACCACGUUACUAAUUUCAGGUGAUAAUUAGUAUGAAGUCACCAAUUUCAAGUGAUAAUUAGUAUGAAGGAUUAUAUUGAAAUUUUACGUAAAGAUUUAUGACUAUAUUGAUAAAAUUGAAAAGUGUAAGACUUGUUAGAAUCCGUAAAAAUGGUUUGUGACUAAAUUUCGUAAUUUUCCCUAGAAGUCUCUAGCCUUCGAACUGACUAGAUUAAUAUCUUCUGAUGCACAGAGAAGACAAACAAAGAGAGAGAACAAAAAUGGCGGAAGCUGUCAUCAUCAGCAUUGCUGGAGAGAUCAUUACUAAUCUGAUUACUCAAUCACUAGAUAAGGUUGGAAAGUUAUGGGGCAUCAAGCAUGAACUCGAGGUGCUCGAGGACACUGUCUCCACUCUUCGGGCUGUAUUGGACGAUGCAGAGGAGCAAUCCAACCAAAGUCGCCAAAUCCGAGUUUGGCUUGAGAAAUUGAAAGAAGCAUUCUAUGAUGCGCAAGAUGUGCUUGAAGAAUUCAAUAUUGAAGCUACACGACGAGAAUUGAGGGACCACAAUGCAAUGAUCAAGGAGGUAAAGGCAUUUUUCUCAAGUUCAAACCAUCUUGCUUUUAAAUUGAAAAUGAGUUACAAAAUAAGAGCAGUGAGGGAGAGAAUAGAAGCCAUUAAUGCCGGUAGGAGAUUCCACUUGGCUGAGCGCUCCGUGGAUUCGCGAGUAGAGAGAGAGUGGCAGAAGAGAGAAGAGACACAUUCGUUUAUACAUGAGGGAGAUAUUAGAGGGAGAGAUGAUAAUAAGAAGACGAUCAUAGAAUUCUUAUUGGAUUCAAACGUGAAUGAGAAUGUUUCCAUCCUUCCGAUAGUUGGUAUUGGUGGGCUUGGAAAAACAGCUCUUGCUCAAUGUGUGUAUAAUGAUGAGAUGGUCAGUAAACAAUUUAACUUGAAAAUGUGGGUUUGUGUCUCUAAUGAAUUUGACAUGAAAAAUAUAGUGAAAAAUAUCAUUGCUUGUGCAAAGGAGAAAGAACCAACCGAGGUUUCGAUGGAACGGUUGCAAAGUGAACUGAGGGCCACAAUUGAUGGAAAGAUAUAUCUCUUAGUUUUAGAUGAUUUGUGGAAUGAGGAAGGAGAAAGAUGGUCAAGCCUGAAAACUUUAUUGGUUGGAGGAGCUAAAGGAAGCAAGAUCCUUAUAACUACACGCCUUCCUUCGGUUGCGAAGAUCACCGGCACUGCUCCGCCUCAUCUUCUUGGGGGCUUAUCCGAAAGUAUGUCUUUUGAUUUACUAAUGCACAUGGCUUGUUGUAAAGAAGAGGAAUUACAAGAUCCUGACAUGCGAGCUAUUGGUAAAGAUAUAGUUAGAAAGUGCUCUGGGGUUCCGUUGGUUGUUCGAACUGUUGGGAGUUUACUCUCUAAGAAAAGUAAGCACGAAUGGUUGAAAUUCAAAGAAAAUGAGCUCCCAGAUGUGUCUCAAAGGGAAGACAACAUAAAAUUAGUUCUUAAGCUUAGUUAUGACCAUCUUCCUUCACAUUUGAAACAAUGUUUCGUGUUUUGUUCAUUGUUUCCCAAAGAUUAUGAGAUAAAGAAGCGGACUUUGGUCAAUCUUUGGAUGGCAGGAGGAUUUAUCCAGCCAUCAAAUAGAAGUCAGCAUUUAGAAGACAUUGCUCAUGGAUAUUUCAUGGAUCUACUUUGGAGCAACUUCUUCCAAGAUUUUAAAAAAGAACCUUUCACGAACGAGGGGACUUGCAAGAUGCACGAUUUGAUGCAUGAUCUAGCUUGCUUAGUUGCGGGGACCGAGUAUUGGGUGGCAUUGGACGACACAAAAUCCAUACAUGAAAGAGCUCGUCAUUUAUCUUCUCGUUUAAAUUCCAAUAUUAUGGGUGAACUUCCAAUCUCACGCUUGAAAGCAAGUCCCCUGAGAACAUUUCUGUCUGUCGCUAGAUAUCGGGAAAUUGGAUCAAGAGGACCAACAAGUGAAGCAGAUCUACGCCUACUCAUUCAAAGUUUCAAAAAGUUACGCAUAUUGGAUCUGUAUUACACAUAUGUCGGGAAGGUGCCAAGGUCCAUUGGUAAGUUGAAGCAUCUCACGUAUCUCGAUCUCUCUUACAAUUUAGAACUCGAAAGGCUUCCUAACUGCAUUACGAGAUUGCAGAAUUUGCAAACACUUAAUCUCAAAUUUUGUUUCCACCUUAAAGAAUUGCCGAAGGAUAUAAGGAAGUUAGUCAACCUUCGAAAUCUAGACAUAGAUGAUUGUCUUGAACUUGGUUAUGUGCCAUACGGACUAGGGCAAUUGAGUUCUCUGCAUAGGCUAACGCGCUUCAUUUUGCCCGACGAUAAAGCUCUUGCUAAGGAUUGUUGCGAACUUGGGGAGCUAAAUGGGCUUAAUGACAUCCGAGGAAGCCUUAGCAUUGAAAAUUUGGGAAGCGUGACGGAUGUGGUAGCAGAAUCCAAGGCAGCGAACUUGAUAGGAAAGCAUUCUCUGGAAUCUUUGCAACUUGAAUGGGGAAAUUUCGAUACCGUUGAUGCAGUAAUCGGGGAUAGAGAUGAAGCGCUGUUAGGUGGACUGCAGCCGCAUUCAAAUCUGCAGAAGUUGACGAUCGGGGAAUAUAAAGGUGAGAGCUUUCCAAAGUGGAUGACGGAAAACCUUGCGGCUUCCUUGCCAAAUUUAGUCGAGGUAUGCAUCUUUUCUUGCGGAAGAUGUAAACGUCUCCCUCCAUUAGGCCAACUACCUCGCCUCAAGUCUUUAUCGAUUUGGAGGAUGCCUGAAUUGGAAGACAUCGAGCCAAGCCAUUCAUCGACUUCAACACCACCAUUUCCUAGCCUAUUGGAAUUAAGGAUCGAUGGCCGUACGAAAUUGAAAGCCAUGCCACAAACUCCGCGUCUCGAGAAAUUGAUGCUGGCUGAGUCCAACCCAGCAUUGAUAAAUAUGAUAUUUGAGCUUAAUAAAUUGAAGAGCCUGGUAAUCAGGGAUACGGAGCUUCCAGAAUGUUUGCUUGAGGAGUGUUUGAAAAGCCUCACCUCCCUCGAAUCUCUUCGCAUCGAAGGAUGUCAUCGGUUAACUUCCCUCUCACCGCAGCAUCUAUCGAAGAACCUCGUGGAUCUCCAUAUUAGGGAUUGUAAGGAGUUGGAUUUAUCCAAAGACGAAAGCGGCAACAUCAACCACGACUUGGAUUUCCAUGGAGGACUUCAGAAUCUCCGCUCCGUGGAACUCUUUCGCCUUCCAAAACUGGCGUCUCUCCCGCGGUGGCUUCUACGGCUCCGCAAUGUCGAGCGCCUCGAAAUUGGCUAUUGCGACAAUCUGAAGGAUUUACAAGAUCUCGAGGCCCUCCAAUCGCUUCAGCGGCUCAAAAUCGUCGCGUGUCCCUUGCUGACGUCAUUACCCGAAGGAAUGCGAAGGCUCGCAUCCCUUACUUACCUGGGUAUCUUCGGUUGCCCAGAAUUGGAGAGGAGGUGCAACAGAGAUGGAGGCGAGGACUGGGACAAGAUCGCUCAUAUCCCCCGCAUACAACUUGGAUGGGGGUAGAUCGAGCCCCUGAUUUUCUUUACUGAAGCACGAUUUUGCAGGCACGGAAUCGCUCUCGCUUGCUUCUGGACACAGAGGGAGAGAGGAGGUCAUCGCGCGACCAAUACUCUACUAGGAUCAUCUUUCAUCGACGAAGUAGUCGAUGAAAUCACUCUCAUCCUGGCAUGUUUUGAUGACGGGAAUCGCCGUCGUCCACGGCCUCCAAGGCUUCAUCGUGCUACAAUGUCUCAUUCCUCCUCCCGCUUGCAAUGUGUUCUGUUUUUGAACUGAUCACCAAAUGUUCGUUAAAAUGCCCGAACGAAAUCGGAAUACAAUUUUGAGAAGCAUUCUUAUGCUUUAGUGUCUGGAAUGAUCGUUGUGUAAUAUAUACAUGUUCGACUCACUUACAGUGUCUCUGUUUCCAGUGAUUUUAGACUGCGACCGAGAUCUCCAUAUGCCACGACUACUUCAUUUGUUGUUCAAAUCCGUCCAUAUAUGUUGUCUCUGCUUCUGAUAUUCUGCCAGGUAUUGAUUCAUGUUAAUCAAAUAUCUAGAUGAGCAAAGCACGUCAACUUACGCCACAAGUAACGUAUACCCAAGGGGAAUCGUGAGUUCGUUUCGGCUUCUGACGAAUUAUAUUCGCUUCGCUUGGUUGAGAUUAUGCUUGCUGGUUGUUUGUUCUCUUGCUCGGCUGAUUGGUGUUGUGGUCUUACUUUGGUAUUGCUAUAACGAUGCUUUGAUAAUUUUGCGCAUCCGAAUUUGAUUACACUCGUGAAUUUCCUUUGAGCUGUCAUUUGGGCUAAUUGAGGAAUUCUCAAUUGCACUGAUUGCUAUUUGUCAUAGUGGCCAGGGAAGCUUUCAUAUUGAUAUGAUAGGAUAGCAAAUUUCUCAAGAAACAGAUGCGCCUAUUGGCAUGCAUUAUAAUGUGAUUUUGUCCGGAAAUAAUAUGAAGGUAGAACCGUUUGAGGUGCAAAAUACAUGGACUGGUGAAUUCUAACCGGGGUAAAGACGAGUGAUGUCUUACUCUUGAAUCUAUUGAGAGCCUAGAAGGUCUUGCCUUAGAUGGAUUACUUCUUUGCCAUCAACUAACAUUAAAAAGUAUGAGGAAAGAAUAAAAACAGAGUGCAAUGAGGUGUUUGGUGAGUGCUUGUGCAUAUAUGUGUGUAAAUGAGUGAAGAUUAGAGAAGUGUGUAUUUUUGAGCUAAAUCUUCACAGCGCCAUGCUAACAUCUUCUCUGUUUAGUAUUCAUGCUUUGACAUCGUCAAAAUAUCAGUCCUCGUUUUAUAGGUGGUGAAUUGGUCGUUGUCCAUUCUUGCACAUGAGUCCUAUACGAAACUAAAUCAAUACUGAAUUAUGUUUGCCAAAAUUCGAGUAUAACGGUGUUGAUUCUGCUGGUCAUAUGCUUAUUGUUGGAUUAAACUUGUUAUAUACUCUUCUUGUUGGAUUAGAUUUGUCUUCUUUCUCUGCUAGUGCUUAAAAUGUUUUGUUUACUGGACUUGUCUCCCUUGUGAAUGAACAAUGGUGUCUGCUGAAAUCCGCUGAAUACGCUACCGAGAGCUUGUCUCUUAAAAUAGAAGCUCGCUGACUGCGCUUGACAAGGCCACAAUCAUAACUAUGGACUCUCUAUCCUUCUCUCAGCAUUUCAUUGUCUUCAUCACAUGUGCUUCUUCUUUCUGUCCGUCAUUCGCAUUUUUGUUAUUGCUCUGUUUCAAGGCCCUGCGAGGACGGAGUCGAAGUUGUACAGCACUGGGUGAAACUCCUGUUCUUUCCGCAUUCGCAUUGCUCUCAACUUGAAGGGUUUGAGUACGGGUAUAUGCAUGUAAAUUUGGUAAGGAAAGAUCAAUUCAGUAAAGGUGAAUCCUUCCUUGCCUGCUCUCUCUUUUUUUUGUUUUCAUCUUGCUCUCCAGAGUCGGUAUUAUGUUGUGAUCCUAUUUGGAAAGCUUGAGGACUUGAAUAUUUUAAUUCCCCAAAAAAAUUUGUAGUAGCUGCAGUUCUUUGGGGAAUUAUUGAUUGCUUAGGGGAAUUGGUGUCUUGCGAUUUGUGAAACCAAGUUUUUAGCAGGCUAUGCUUAACAUUUGCUUUUCUUCAGUCCUAUCAAAACCCCUCCGGCAUGUGAUGAAGCUAUAUCAAUACGAUCUCUUACCUCAGCAGUUUUAUGGAUAGCCAGGGAUUAAACCAAAGUUUUGAUUUGAUAUUAAAUCAUAAUUGGAGUGUGUGUUUUGUGUUCUGUUUUGCAACCUGGACGGUUUAUUCAUGUAGCUGAUACUUGCAUAUACUUUUCAUAAAAUGAGUGGGCAAUGAAUGGGUGUAAAGAAUACAUGUCGAUUUCGAAAGAAAUAGAACCGUUGUCAUGUUUGAUCAUGCUGGAAUGGAAUUUGGAUUUGCUGGCUUAUCUGAUUGGGGUUCAAUUUCGGCAUGUUGUGAUGUCAUUUUUAUCAUGUGAACAUGUAUGAUGAUUUAGAAGAAUGUUAUGGUGAAUUGGUGAUAAUUUUUAUCAACAAAUAACCAUGUUGCUGUGCCUUGAACUUGCUGGAUAUGGGCUGUCAUCACCAUUCCUUUGCUGGUCACUCUCUUUGGGGUGUAGAUUGAAUUGAUCUGAAGCCCAUCCCAGUGUUGUUCUUAUUACCCGUGAUGUGGUGUUUGUAUGUUGACGAUUUCUUAAUCAUUGGGCAUGGUUGUUGCCAAUUGCUUUGAUUGAGGUGAUGCUGAAAUUCAUGGAGUAUCUCAGUGAAGAUUUGAUUCAGAGGAAGGACCCAGAAUAAGAGAAGAAAACGAAAAAAAAUAAAAUAAAAUUCUUAAAAUAAAAAUUAGAAAUGGUUAGAAAAAAAUAGGCAUUAAUUAGGUUGUUAGAUUUUAGUAUUAGAAUUAGUUUAUUCUUGGAAGAUUAAUACUUCAAAAAAGAAAUUGAACUCAAUUUGUACUAAAAUCAUGGAGGU